AUGGCCAGCACACCGAGCUUGACGCCCUCGCGCACCCCCUCGCGGAGUAUGACACCAGCCAGCCAGGGACAGAUGGAUCAGCCGAUCUUCCCUCCUUUGUUGAUGGACCGCGCAGGGUGCCCUUCAGGCAUUCAAUUCCGCCCCGAACGCAGGGCACAGGAGUUCAUCCAUCCCUUCCUUGCCAAGCCGGUCUAUCGGUCUGUGCCGAUGGAUGAUGAGACGGGCUACACUGGAUACAUCAAGAGGCGCACAGAUCCGCAGCUCUUCGCCCGCAGCUAUGCCAAAGGCAGCUGGGAGGCCGCCCGGCUGGGCAUGCCAAGGACCUUGAUGCUGAGCCGUUCUGUGCCAAGCCUUCUUUUUACCAGAUCCUUGGCCAGUCAGCGUCUUUCUUCCGUUCGUUGA